AUAAACCGACCCAAUUGUAUAUUCAUUUCUCUCUCUUUUUUUCCCUUUCUCAUCAAAUUUCUUUUUUCCCUCUCCGGUCACCGGCUUUUCAACAUUCCGGCAACAUCACCGCCGUCCUGACACCAACUCCUCUAGAUAUCCCCACGUAUUCCACAUUCAUUGCUAGUCAGUGUAUUUUAUUGAUUUCUCCUUUUUAAAAAGUUUCAAAAUUAUUGGGAUUCGCUUCCCUGAUCAGUUAAAGAUUGCCGCAUUUUGUAGAAUAUACUUGUAAGGUGCGAAAGAGUUAGGGAUUUUUCUUCUCUUCAUCGAAACUAUCGUCUUUGGAAGGUUUCAGAAUCCAUGUUUUGCUCAAGUUUCUGAAAGAGAAAAUUUCUCAUUGACGUUCGGGUUUCUAUAUUUUUGUAACUCCUUAUCUUCUUUCUUCAACUUUUUUUAUAAAAGCAUUUCUGGGUAUCAAAAAAAGUAGGAUUUUGAUUGAUUUUUGGAUCCUACAUUACCCAAAAAAAGUGACUUUUUUUUCUUUUGGUAUAUUGAUUGUUUGUGAUGAGUGAUUGAGGAAAACAAAUAAGUAAUACAACUUGUGAGUUGAAUAGUAAGGGGAAAUGUUCUGAGAAAGUAGGGGUGGGGGAAUUUGGGCAUAAUGGGGCUAAAAGUAACAGCUUUAGCAGAAAGACGUUUGGAAAAACUAAAAAGUUCUAUGUCAUCCAAGUCUAGAAUGAAGUUAUGGAUGAUAAGGAUCACAACAUCAGUGCUUAUAUGGAUUUGCUUAGUUCAAUUAACGAUAUUUGGAGAGACUUGGGGUCCUAGAGUUUUAAAAGGCUGGCCCCCUUGUCUUUCUCACGAAUCAGCUGCAGUACUGGCUGUUAAAUCGUCGUCUGAGGUCCCUGCUAGAGUUCUUCCACCAAAGAGGGUUUACAGGAAUAAUGGUUACCUCAUGGUUUCAUGCAAUGGUGGGCUUAAUCAAAUGCGGUCAGCGAUUUGUGAUAUGGUUGCUAUAGCAAGAUAUUUGAAUGUGACUCUUAUUGUUCCCGAGCUGGAUAAAACCUCUUUUUGGGCUGAUCCAAGUGAAUUUCAAGACAUAUUUGAUGUUGAUCAUUUCAUAAUGUCCUUGAGAGAUGAAGUUCGAAUAUUGAAGGAGCUACCUCCAAGACUAAAGAGGAGGGUAGAGUUAGGAGUGACUCAUACUAUGGCUCCUAUUAGUUGGUCUGACAUUUCCUACUACCAUAAUCAGAUUCUUCCCUUAAUUCAGCAGUAUAAAGUAGUUCAUUUGAACAGGACUGAUGCUCGGCUUGCCAAUAAUGGACAACCUAUGGAAGUUCAAAAGCUACGAUGCAGAGUUAAUUUUGGUGCAUUGAAAUUCACCCCUCAAAUUGAAGAGUUGGGUAGAAAGGUUGUCAGAAUACUUAGGCAAGAGGGUCCAUUUAUGGUUCUGCACCUGAGAUACGAAAUGGAUAUGUUAGCUUUCUCUGGCUGUACUCAGGGAUGCAAGCAGGAAGAGGUGGAAGAGUUAACAAGAAUGAGAUAUGCUUAUCCAUGGUGGAAAGAAAAAAUCAUAAAUUCAGAUUUGAAAAGAAGAGAUGGUCUGUGUCCUUUGACACCUGAGGAAACUGCUCUUACUUUAAGGGCAUUGAACAUUGAUCCUAGUAUUCAAGUGUACAUUGCGGCUGGAGAGAUUUAUGGCGGAGAAAGGAGAAUGGCUAGUCUUGCUGCAGCUUAUCCUAAUUUGGUAAGGAAGGAGACACUACUCGAGCCCUCUGAGCUGAGGUUCUUUCAAAAUCACUCCUCCCAAAUGGCAGCAUUAGACUAUCUUGUUUCCUUGGAGAGCGAUAUCUUUGUUCCUACAUAUGAUGGAAACAUGGCCAAAGUUGUUGAAGGACAUCGCAGAUAUCUUGGAUACAAGAAAACUAUCUUGUUAGACAGAAAGCAUCUGGUGGAUUUAAUAGACCAACAUAAUGCUGGAUCAUUGACAUGGGAUGAGUUCUCUACCGCUGUUAAGGAAGCUCACUCUGAACGUAUGGGCAACCCAACAAAGAGAUUGGUCAUUCAAGACAGACCUAAAGAGGAGGAUUAUUUUUACUCCAACCCAUGGGAGUGCUUAAAACCAUCUUAUGAAGAUGAACUUUAAGCAGCAUGUAAAUUAUGAUGGUGGUAACAUUGCAUUAUAGAGAAGUACUUCCGCGCACUGACAUAUUUGGAGGACAUACUUGUCAACACUCGAAAACAUUGUGCUGCAAUUUGCUUCUGAGGACGACUGUUGCGGCGCGAUACACUUGAAAUCCUGAGAUCCUCAGAAGCAUUUGGAAAAGGGUUUAUAUUAAAAUGUUCUUCUUUUUUUCCUUCAGAAACUCAAUAAUUGAAUACAUGUAUAGAAAACUGUCCUGCCAUUGCAAGGAUAUAUUAUCAAUGGCAGUAUACACAGAAGGGUACAAUAUAGAUUUGUUUUGCCAGGACUUUUGGAUUUGUCAUAUUUAAAGUUCCACUCAAUACCACACUAGUUGACUCACUCAGUCUCCUCCAUUCUUUUCUACGUAAAUAUUACUCUAGUCAGACUCCACUUGUUGAGAUGUUAUUGUGUGUUAUAUUUAACGAUAUGGUUAAGGUUAUUCACUCCUUCUCUCA